AUGCCCACCCAUCGGUCGUCCUCCUCCCGGAGCAGCGCGUCCUCGCCGCUGCGCAGAGCAGUAGCGGCUGGACGGAGGAGCGUGUCUGCUUCUAGUUCUUCUGUGUCUGUCGCUAUGCCCUGCGAUGACCUGGACUUGGAGCAGAAUUCAGAGGGGAAUAGUGAAUCUUUGUCAGCUGGUGAAGGCAGUGAUUUCGAAGACAGCUUGAGACGAAAUGGGAAGAAGAGAGCAGCAAAACGGCCACUCAAACCAACCCCAGCAAAACUUCCAAAGAAGAGGUCCCGAACAGUACGUGCUCAUGGUCAGAAAGAGUCAGAGCCACCAGCCGGUGAUCUCUUUGAUGCUGUGAAAGGUGCCAAAAGUGACAUGCAGUCUUUGGUAGAUGAGUGGCUGGAUAGCUACAAGCAAGACCAGAAUGCAGCUUUCCUGGAGCUGGUGAACUUUUUCAUCCGGUCUUGUGGGUGUAAAGGCACUGUGACCCCUGAGAUGUUCAAGAAGAUGUCUAACUCAGAGAUCAUCCGGCACCUAACUGAACAGUUUAAUGAGGAUUCGGGAGACUAUCCUCUGACAGCUUCAGGCCCAUCCUGGAAGAAGUUCCAGGGCAGCUUUUGUGAAUUUGUGAGAACAUUGGUCUACCAGUGCCAAUACAGCCUCCUCUAUGAUGGCUUCCCCAUGGACAACCUCAUCUCCCUGCUCACUGGGCUCUCAGACUCCCAGGUCCGUGCCUUCCGUCAUACUAGCACCCUGGCUGCCAUGAAGCUGAUGACCUCCCUGGUAAAAGUUGCCCUCCAGCUGAGUCUGCACAAGGACAACAAUCAGCGUCAGUACGAGGCUGAACGGAACAAGGGGCCGGGACAGAGAGCGCCUGAGCGGCUCGAGAGCCUGCUGGAGAAACGCAGGGAGCUUCAAGAGCAUCAAGAGGAGAUUGAGGGGAUGAUGAAUGCCCUUUUCAGGGGUGUCUUUGUACAUCGGUACAGGGAUGUCCUUCCUGAGAUCCGUGCUAUCUGCAUUGAGGAGAUUGGGUCUUGGAUGCAGAGCUACAGCACCUCUUUCCUCACUGACAGCUACUUAAAAUAUAUUGGCUGGACCCUGCAUGAUAAGCAUCGAGAUGUGCGUCUGAAGUGCUUGAAGGCUCUGCAAGGGCUGUAUGGCAACCAAGACUUGACUGCGCGCCUGGAGCUCUUUACCAGCCGCUUUAAGGACCGGAUGGUUUCCAUGGUCAUGGACCGAGAGUAUGACGUGGCAGUGGAGGCCGUUAGGUUGCUGAUACUUAUCCUCAAGAGCAUGGAAGGGGUGCUGACAGAUGCAGACUGUGAGAGCAUCUACCCUGUUGUCUACGCCUCUAACAGAGCCCUGGCCUCUGCUGCAGGGGAGUUUCUGUACUGGAAGCUCUUCUACCCUGAGUGUGAGACAAGAGCGGUGGGCGGGAGAGAGCGACGCCGAAGUCCACGUGCCCAGAGGACUUUCUUCUACCUUCUGCUGUCCUUUUUUGUGGAGAGUGAGCUCCAUGACCACGCCGCAUACUUAGUUGACAGCCUGUGGGACUGUGCGGGGCCUCUGCUGAAGGACUGGGAGAGUCUGACAAGCCUGCUGCUGGAGAAGGACCAGAACCUGGGCGAUGCACAGGAGAGCACGCUGGUAGAAAUCCUGGUGUCCAGUGUCCGGCAAGCUUCAGAGGGCCACCCGCCUGUGGGACGGGCCACGGGGAGGAAGGGCUUAACCCCAAAAGAACGUAAGAUCCAAGCCGAUGACAAGGUGAAGCUGACUGAGCACCUCAUCCCCCUGCUCCCCCAGCUCCUGGCCAAGUUCUCCGCUGACGCCGAGAAGGUGGCUCCCCUGCUGCAGCUUCUCAGCUACUUUGACCUCAACAUCUACUGCACCAGGCGCUUGGAGAAACAUCUGGAGCUGCUCCUGCAGCAGCUCCAGGAGGUGGUGGUGAAACACGCAGAGCCCGCAGUGCUUGAGGCUGGCGCUCACGCCCUCUAUCUGCUGUGUAAUCCUGAGUUCACGUUCUUCAGCCGGGUGGACUUUGCCCGCAGCCAGCUGGUGGAUCUCCUGACCGACCGCUUCCAGCAGGAGCUUGAAGAACUGCUUCAGUCGUCCUCCCUAGAUGAGGAUGAGGUGUACAGUCUGGCAGCCACUCUGAAGCGCCUCUCUGCCUUCUACAAUGCCCACGACCUAACCCGCUGGGAGCUUUAUGAGCCCUGCUACCAACUCCUCCGAAAGGCUGUGGACACAGGAGAGGUUCCUCACCAGGUGACCCUGCCAGCCUUGACGCUUGUCUAUUUUUCCAUUCUUUGGACACUAUCCCACAUUUCUGGAUCAGAUGCUUCCCAGAAGCAGCUGUUGGGUCUGAAGGGCAGGAUGGUGGCCUUCUGCGAACUCUGCCAGAGCUGCCUCUCAGAUGUGGAUUCUGAGAUCCAGGAGCAGGCUUUUGUCUUGUUAAGUGAUCUGCUUCUUAUCUUCAGCCCUCAGAUGAUUGUAGGAGGACGAGAGUUCCUCAGGCCCCUUGUCUUUAUUCCUGAAGCCACCCUGCAGUCUGAGCUAGCCAGCUUCCUCAUGGAUCAUGUCUUCAUCCAGCCUGGGGAACUGAGCAGUGGUCGUUCCCAGGAGGACCACAUACAGAUUGAGCAGCUGCACCAGCGGCGCCGCCUCCUGGCUGGCUUCUGCAAGCUGUUGCUUUAUGGGGUGCUGGAGAUGGACGCAGCCUCAGAUGUUUUCAAACACUACAACAAGUUCUACAAUGACUAUGGUGACAUUAUCAAGGAAACACUGACUAGAGCGAGGCAGAUGGACCGAAGUCACUGCUCCCGAAUCCUGCUGCUGAGCCUCAAGCAGUUAUACACAGAACUGCUGCAGGAACAAGGGCCCCAGGGCCUGAAUGAGCUUCCAGCUUUCAUCGAGAUGAGGGACCUGGCCAGGAGAUUUGCCUUGAGCUUUGGACCCCAGCAGCUACAGAACCGUGACCUUGUGGUCAUGCUACACAAGGAAGGCAUCAAGUUCUCCUUGUCUGAGCUUCCUCCAGCUGGCUCCUCCAGUCAGCCCCCAAAUCUGGCAUUCCUGGAGCUCCUUUCAGAGUUCUCCCCCCGACUCUUCCAUCAGGACAAGCAGCUGCUACUCUCCUACCUGGAAAAGUGUCUGCAGCGUGUCUCCCAGGCACCUGGUCGUCCCUGGGGUCCAGUCACCACCUACUGCCACUCCCUCAGCCCCGGAGAGAACACGGCAGAGGUCAGCCCUCAGGGCUACCCCCGCUCCAAGAAGAGGCGAGUUGAAGGGCCCUCCAGGCGGCACAGAGAAGAUGUCUCUGUAUCCCAGGAGGAAAGCCUAGAGCCGAACAGCAUCCCAGCCACACCUACCCUCACCUCCACAGCUGUGAAGAGUGGUCAGCCCCUCGGGGCAUCGGAGAAGAUGGAAGAAGGCGGCAGCUCAGAAUUGGCAUUUCCCCAAGGCCUGUACCUUUUAGGCAACCCAAGGUCAAGGUCCUUGAGUCCACAGCAUGUCCAGACUCCACUCAACCCUUCAGGUUCUGGUCUGGGCAAGCAGCUGACCCGGCUUAGCUUGAUGGAAGAGGAUGAAGACGAAUUCGAAAUUCAGAAUGACUCAAGUGAAGAGUGGCAAGGUUCAGGCAAGUCCUCCUCCAGUGAGCACAGGCUGGACCUUUUAGAUUCUACAGAGCUGAACAUUGAGAGCAGGAGGUGGCCAGUACCAGACCUGUGUUAUCUAACCUGUACCUCCAGGCCAGAGGGCAAAGGCCAACAGUGCUGCUCCCAGGGCCGGCUCAUCCUCAUACAUAAAACUUCCUGCGAUGACACCGGAAAUACAAGUGCUGUCCCCACGACCACAGCCCCCUGGAGCCCGGGCCAGAGGGGAGCCAUGGACAGGCCCCGGGCCCUGGGCCUGCUCUGGGCACUGCUGACUCUCUGCCUCACUGCCGGGACUCCGGAGGUGUGGCUGCAGGUUCAGAGGGAGGCCACUGAGGCAUCCUUCACCGUCCACUGUGGAUUCCUGGGCUCGGGCUCCAUCUCCCUGGUGACUGUGAGCUACGGGGGCCCCGACGGUGCUGGGGGGACCACGCUGGCCGUGCUGCACCCCACACUCGGCACCAAGAACUGGACAGCCGCCUGCCGGGCCCGCUGGGAAACCGGCACCAGCGUCUCCCUCACCUUGGAAAGGGCUCCCACCGCAGGGAGGGGCUCCGGUCCCAACACCACCUUCUGCUGCAAGUUCACUUCCUUCCCUGAGGGCUCCCAGGAGGCCUGUGGGAACCUGUCCCUCAGCACAGACCCAGGGCUCCCUGCUGCCAGUCCAGCCCCCGUGCUGCGGGCCGACCUGGCCGGGAUCCUGGGGGUCUCGGGGGUCCUCCUCUCUGGCUGCAUCUACCUUCUUUACCUCCUGCGUCGGCAGAGGCACUGGGCCAUCAUGAAGCUUCAGCCGCCCAGACACAGCAGCCCCCAGACAGACGGGAGAGCCUGGUUUCAGAGGGGAACGGAGGGGGCUGCAGCUUGGGGGCCAGGAGAGGGAGCCUCACUCGGGCCUCCGUCCCCAUCACCCCUGCAGGCAGCCAGCCAAGCCUCCCUGACCUCCUUCCACAUCCCCUACGCCACCGCCACCGCCACGACCGCCAACUACUUCAGCCCAGCAACCCUGCACCGGGUCCCCCCACCCCAGUCACUGCCCGGGUGGGUGCCGCUCCCCACCCACGCCGCGCACCGACCCCAGAGCCCCGGUCCCGGGGCACCCCCGCCGGCCUCCACACGAAGCAGCUUCAUCUCGGUCGAGAACCGACUCUACGCUCAGGCGGAAAAGCGGCCGCUCCACGCCCGUGCUGACCGCAUCCUGCUCCCGGACCCUCUGGGGCGCAGAGCCGCUUUGGGGCCUUCAGGAGUGCGAUGA